AAUACCGGAGGCCCUUCAGUGGCGAACCACAGGAAAGGCACUUCCGGUGUCUGUUGCCAAGGCACGGGCCUGGUGGGGCCGGAGGGGCGACGUUAUUGGCGUCGUCCUCUCCCCCCUUUCCGGGGGUCGAGAUGUCGGGGCUCAGCGGCCGAGAAAUGGAGGGCUGUCGUAACUUGCUCGGCCUACUGGACAACGACGAGAUCAUGGCCCUGUGCGACACUGUCACCAACCGCCUGGUGCACCCUGAAGACCGCCAAGAUGCCAUUCGUGCAAUAUUAGUGUACAGUCAAAGUGUAGAAGAACUUCUGAAACGUAAAAAAGUCCACCGAGAAGUCAUAUUUAAAUACUUGGCAACACAAGGGGUUAUUAUACCUCCUUCUACUGAAAAACACAAUCUUAUUCAGCAUGCAAAAGAUUACUGGAAGAGACAGUCACAGCUGAAAUUGAAGGAAAUACCAGAACCAGUUACGAAGACAGAAAACAUCCAACUCUUUGAACAGCAGGCAAAAGAAGAUAAAAAAGCUGACAAAGUUGAUUUCCGUCGCCUAGGAGAAGAAUUCUGUCACUGGUUCUUUGAACUUCUUAAUUCUCAGAAUCCUUUUCUGGGACCACCUCAAGAUGAAUGGGGGCCACAGCACUUCUGGCAUGAUGUGAAACUUAGGUUUUAUUACAACACAUCUGAACAAAAUGUGAUAGACUACCAAGGAGCAGAAAUUGUGAGCCUUCGUUUGCUGUCACUAGUGAAAGAAGAAUAUCUUUUUCUCAGCCCCAACCUGGAUUCCCGUGGACUGAAGUGUGCUUCUUCUCCACAUGGGUUAGUUAUGGUUGGAGUUGCUGGAACUGUCCACCGAGGGAACACUUGUUUGGGUAUUUUUGAACAGAUAUUUGGACUCAUCCGUUGUCCUUUUGUGGAAAAUACUUGGAAAAUCAAAUUUAUCAACCUGAGAAUUGUUGGAGAGGGUUCUCUUGCUCCUGGAUCAUUACUAAAACCAGCUAUUACAUUUGAACAGAGUGAUCUAGAGGCCUUUUACAAUGUAAUCACUUUAUGUGGUACUAAUGAAGUACGACUUAAUGUAAAGCAGGCACUGGAUAGUGGAACUGGAGACCAAGCUUUAUGUAGUGGAAAUGAGGAAUUGUUGAACAAAAGAGAACUGAGUUUACCUGACCCUCUAAAGCACUGAUCACUGUGUGUCAGCCUAAAAAAAUCUUCUAUACAGAAACUCUUCCAAAUAUUACAUCAGUCAUGUGUAAGUGUUUUCAGAUGUGGAGAUUGACAUAUUUUAGUUGACAUACCUUUCUGGACUACAGACUGGCAUAUUAUGUGAAUCCUUGCCUAUUUCUAACUGAGUUACAACAAAUGUUCUGAGAGCUUAAUACACUUCAUCAAAUAAAUCCCACUUUAGAUGUUGUAGCUAACUGUGUGCCUUAGAAACCAGGUAAUAUUUUCAUUUUACUUAGUGAAUAUUUUGCUAAUAACUACUUUCCAUGUGGGAAAGGAUUCAUAGUGUUCAAGGCUUCCCUUCAAAAUGUUUCUCAUUUACUUUUAUCUACAUAUUGAUAAUUGGAUAAAUGCAUCUCAGUUAAGUAUUUGUUUUUAAAAAGUUUAAUAUUUUAGAGAUGUUUAUUGUAAACUCAAAGUUCUCACUUUAGAAAAAUCAGAGGACAUUCUUAUACGAACAGUCCAGUAAUUUAGGUGGUAGAGAAAAACUUUUUCUUUAUAUAUUAGAGAAAACUUUUUCAAAGUUAUCUGCUGUAGUCCAAGCUAAAUAUCUUAAAAUUUGGGCAAUGAUAAAUGCUGUUCUCAAAACAGUAUUUAUUUUACCUACACUUCAGCUAACAGUUUUAUAGUGCAUUUAUUGUAACAUCAUAUAAGGGAAAUACACUGUUGAAAUUUUAAGUGUACGUGUUGCCUAACAUAUAAAUGAAUUACUUUUUUCCUCUUGAUUGAUCUGGUAGGGUGACUUAAGCCCUCACAAAUUUAUAAUGGGAGUAUAUAUAUAUAUACACACACAUACACACACACACACACACACACACACGUACUCUACACCUAAGCAGAAUUGUUGAGUUUUUCACCUCUAAUUUGAGUUGUUAGGUUUGAGUUACAACAUUCAUUUGCCAGAUUAAUUGCACAGUUGCUUUAAAGUUCAUCAUCCAGCAACUAUGUGCUGAUCCUGGAUAUAGUUAGUGAUUUAAAUUUCUACAAGUAACAUUUGGAAAAAAAAAACUCAGCUGGAAAAUGUCGAGGUGAUAUGUUGUACAUGUUACUACGUUUAACUCUGCUUGUGAUCUAGGGAGACUGAUAAGAAUUUUGGAAGCAGGAGGAUUAAAAACUCAUCUUUUUUGUUUUUUUUUAAUGCCAUGCCUCUUAUGAGGAAUACAAAUUGAUAUGUCCUAAAAUAAGAACUUAAUAAAGGAGGGAAUUCGCUUUUGUCUGCUGUAAGAAUAGUGUAUUGUUUAGAUUUAAUUUAUACUUGUCUUGUUCAUAGAUAAAGCUUUAGGCAUUCAACCAAAAUAAAGAAUAUUUUACUACUGCUAGUUACACUAUCAGUAUAACAUAAUUAGGUAUUAAAGUAUUUUGCAAAAUAA